UGAAGGUUGAAUCAAUAACGAUAAGUGUGUUCAUUGUGUAACUUUGUGCUUUAUAUGUUUGAGUAACAAUAAUUUAACAAUUAAGUGCAAAAGUGUGUAUGUAGAUUGGUUUUUAUCGCGAAAAAAAAAACUAUCACUAAAAAUAAUAGAGUGCUAUAGUUUAUUUAAAAAAAAAAAGUUCUGAGUUAAGAUCGAGCAAAAUAUUAAAUAUACUAUAGAAGUGUUUAUCCGCGUGUUCAUUUUCCCCUCCACUGUUAUACACGAGGACUCGUCAUCCAUCAUGCUCCGUGACGUCAUAACUCGGGAUUGGUAGUCGGGCUGUCACGUGGUUCGUUAAUUGAGCCCGGUAGGCGGGAAUCGUGGAGUGGAGUGGGGCUAGAAGGGAGGUCGGCUCCCCGACAAGUCGUUGCCUUUAGAGAAUUCCCAUAAAAUUAUUAAUGACUAUGAGUUCGUUUCUGAUGAACCCCGUUUCGGGUUAUCAACAACCGCAACACAUUUCGGCAGGUGUUGUGGUCGAUCCGAAGUUUCCGCCCAGCGAAGAGUACAGCCAAAGUAGUUAUAUACCGUCCGCGACCGAUAAUUUUUUCGGCAAUCACCACUUGAAUCAGCCUCAACAUCUCCAAUACGGAUACCACAAUCAUCAUCACCAUCAAGCCAGCUAUGGAACGUCUUUGCCUCUAUCGAAUUCCGGCUACGGUAGUUACGGUAACUAUUAUCAUCACCAGUUACAUCAUCCUUCGCCUCCGCUGCACCAAGUCCGUCCCGUUCAACCUCUUCACGAACCAUCGCAAAAUCAACUCCUCAACUGUGCCUCUUUACCGGACGGUCAUCCGAACCAUCCGCCUCCGACAACGACACCCUCGAACAUACUCCACAGUAUUGCGGACAUUUCUCCGAACGUGUCGCAACCGAGUGACGUGAACAGUAGUGUGUGUAGUCCAGCUUCAGUUGGACAUGGACAAGAUUCCAGAGGUUCGCCUCCUGGAUCGCAUUCGUUACAAGAACUAGGGUUACGGUUAGAGGAUGGCGUGUCCGAUGAACACGACGAGUUGGACGAUCAUGGUAGUUCGACUAAUAACGAUGAAGAUGACGAUGACGAUGAGAAUGGUGAUAGGCAGAUUUAUCCUUGGAUGCGGAAAGUACAUGUCGCUGGAGUUGUUUCGAAUGCGCAUGACAUUUCGUCUAAUGGCACAAACGGUGCCUUCGCCCCAGGAAUGGAACCCAAACGCCAAAGAACGGCCUAUACCCGGCACCAACUCCUCGAAUUAGAAAAGGAGUUCCACUAUAACCGCUACCUGACUAGAAGAAGGCGGAUAGAGAUCGCCCAUGCGUUGGUUCUCAGCGAGCGACAGAUUAAAAUAUGGUUCCAGAACAGACGAAUGAAGUGGAAGAAAGAUAACAAAUUGCCAAACACGAAAAACGUCAGGAGGAAAACGAACCCUGCGGGCGUCACGACGACAGCGUCGGGAGCGACCGCAUCGGGGAACAACGGCAAAUCGGCGUCGAAGGGCGGCAGAGGGAGCAAGGCGCAGAAUAGCGCCGCUCAACAGCAGGGAAACAACAAUGACAAGAGGAAAAACAACAAUACACGAGAACCUAUCGAUGGUUUAGGUGACAACAUGUUAGAUAUGUCCCUGAGUGCCCAUAAUCUACCGACAACUAUAUCUGGUCACUCGCACGCACAUCCAAUGAGCAAUUCUCUGCACCAUAAUUCAUUGAUGGAUCCAACUCUGAGUCAUUUGGCACCUCUAGCGUCACCGAAUAGUUGUAUUCCAGGCGGAGGUGCACCUCCAGUGAUUAAGCCUGAUUACGAUUUAACAGCGUUGUAAUGGUAGAAAUUAAAAAUUGUGACAAUAUAGUGGGGUGGAUUUUUGGCUUUUGUGAAAAGGUGAUAGUGAUUUUAUGGUGUUUUAUGUUUUAAAAUAAAUAUUUUAGCGGAUUCAAAUUGUUAAAGAUAACUAGGUAGAAUGUACACUUGGACACAAUUUCUUGUACCUACAUAAGCAAAUUAAUGUUGACAAUAUUUCUAUAGUGUUUGCAAUAAAUAAAAUAUUCGCGAAAAAGAUUAUAUAAAUACAUAUAAAUAUUGUAAAUAAACAAUUUUGUAUUUUAAAUAGAAAUUAUUUUAGUUUUUGUCAUGAUUUAUAAAUUCAACCCUGAUAAUUAAUGACGAUGGGGACUAAUAUAAUAUAAUAGCGUGUCUUCUAUAUUUUGACAACAUUUGGUUUCCAAAUAAAUAUAAAUAAAUAAAUACGUUUAUUUGUAAUUGAAAUUUUACGUGCCAUUUUUCAGUAGCAAUCUAUUAUUGUGGCAAUUUUAGCUAGGGACUAUUUUAACGAAAUUUUAAACUCUUUUGUAUUUUUUUUGUAAAUAAAUUAUAUUUUUUUCCUUCUGCUGUAAGUUGUAAACCCCAGUGUGAUUUUUUUAAAAUGUGAAUAAUGUUGGUAAAUAUCUAAAAUUGUACAAAAUAAAAAUAAUAUGAUAUAGAAAUAAAUUGGUAA